UUCUCCCUUUUCUCUUUCGCUCCUCUCUCUCCAGACGCCAGCAAGCAGCUGGCCUUUCGCUUUGGAGCCGUGCAUGGGACUGAUGCUCUACGGGCAAGUCGGGCUAGUGCAUUCGGUCACUCAAAACAACAUUAUUUUUCUUGCACCACCCUCUCCGAUAACCUGUGUUGCGUAAAGCACGUGCCGGCAAAACCGGACGGGCGAAGUCUAUUUUAGGAGAACUAUGGAGUUCGGCGAAGUUGUGGAACGCAAGAUCUUCGAAGCCGAGUCAUUGAUCAGGGAAAUACAAGGAUGCCGGAGAAGUCUAGAAGAGAAUGCUGCCACUGUGAAGAAGGAGAUAGAGACGUCGUUUGAGCAGCAGGCCGUGUACCUGCGCCAGCGCGGCGUGCAGCUGUGUCGUCAGGUGGAGGUGCUGGCGUCCCACCAGGAGAGCCGCUUCCAGCUGGACCUGGCCAAGCUCCACCAGUUCAUGGGCAGCAUGCGCUCCCUGCUGCAGCUGCAUGCAAGCGGAAGGCUCACGGACGCUGACCCCACAAAGCUGGCCUACCAGAUCAGCAUGCCGCAGGUGAGCCUGACGAUGCAGCGGGUGCAGUUUGCCAACAGCGGGGAGCUGCAGCUUGCGGAGGCCGUCAGGAACUUUGGGGGCGCGGAGCUGCAGUGCGGGCGGCUGCCCAGCCUGGACGUGGCGGAGGAAGAUUAUGGGGACAUCAGCCACCAUGUCCUGCACAAGGACCUCCACAACGUGCUCCAGAGGGACCUCAAGCACGCCGGCAGGCCGGGCUUUCUGCAGGGGCUUCACUCGGGAUCGACGCCUCUGCUACCCUCGUCCGAUCGGCGCUGGCUGCUUGGCUACGUGGACAGCGACAGUACCGAAGACGACUUUGAGCUGGUGUCAGCCCACAUUCCCAAAUCGUCAUCGGCGGCGUCAAGUUCCAUCGAGGCCGUGUCCAUUGACGAGGCUGUCGACGAUGUUGUUGUUAUGGGAUACGGGGAAAUACAAGGAGGAGUCGACAAACUGACCUUGGAAGACAACAAGGAAGACAUGUCAAAAUGGCUCUGUCCUACAGUUGCCAGGGGUCCAACUGUGGAAUCAAAGAAGGAAUCGGUAUCUGCACUGACUAGAGACUUUGAGGAACUGUGCACCGACCGCCCGGCGAGCAAUUUCGGGGACUCGUGCUGGCUGCUUGUACCAAAAGGCUCGGCGGCGUGGGUGGAACCUCGGCCGUCCAAGCCGGCUUCGAAGGACCAGUCUGCAUGGCUGCUCGACGGAAAGUGCAAGCCAGUGGCCGUCAGCAGCCUGCUUGCAAUGUCCAUCAAGGAAAUGUUCAGGCCCUACUUUGUUCACACAGACAAUAGUACAUGGAUUGCCAAGGGGAAGGACCUGGCUUGAUGUAGAAUUUUCUUUUUACAAUGUGCAACAUAUUUCAAAGUAUAAAAGAUUUGCUACGAUAGCAAUCGACGGAUGCUGGGUGGGUGGCCGAUAUUAAAUACGUGCUCUACUAAA